UUAGUUUUUACUAUUCAAGUACCACUGUCGCGUUUGCACAGUUGGUAGAGUCCAAUGUCCUCUGCCUGGUGAGUGAAGAGCCAAGAGCUGAAGGCCACGGUUAGGUGUAAACAGAAGGAACCAUGGUCAACUUUGUUGCACUUGCCCGUGAGCAUUGGGUGAACAUCUUAGUGCCCAUGGGCUUUGUGAUUGGAUGGUACCUUGACAAACAGCAGGACCAGAAGCUAACAGCUUUCAGGAACAAAAGUGCUUUGUUCAGCAGGGAGCUGAAGUCUGGUGAGGAGGUGACCUGGAAGUAGAAUCUAUCCCUACCUGCAAUGUGUCCUGUCAUCUGUAGUGUGAAUAACCCUCAAAUCGGAAUGUUUAAGAGUCCUUUAACUGUUGGAGUUGGAUCUUCUAAUAAACCUUUAAGUUGAGUUGUAUCAACCAAUAAUAAACAUGUCCUUUCUCUUAAAAAUAA